AUAAAAAUCUUGUUUUUGUGUUAAAAUACAAAUUAUAAUAAACGUAAUCCAGCCAACGCUUUGCAAUGAGAUUAAUGAAAGCCAACAAGCGUCGAUUUGAAUGAUAUGAGUGUUUAUAAUUGUUUGAACGUUAAAAAAUCGGCUUUUUUAGAACAAUUUUAAAAGCCAGCCAGGUUUAUAUAAUAGGAAUCUUUUUCAUGAAUAUAUAAUAGUAUAGUUUUAAAGUGAAUAAAGUGAAAAUGACUACCAUGGAAGAAGGAGAAUCUACUUCUGCUGAGGAAAUACCUGCGGGCAAUCCGGAUGAACUUACUAAAAAUCCUACAGCUUUGAAAGAGGCACAUGAAGAAAUGGCAACAUUGGAUGUCCAUGUUUGUGGCCAGUGUCAUUCUGCUUUUCAUUUUGUUGAUGAAUUCAAAGAGCAUAAAGAUGGUGGCAGUUGUACUGGAAAGUCACCUGUAAGAGAUAGUAAUGAAAGUAAGGCUCAAGUGUGGGCAUUCCUAUUGUGGAAAUGUUCAUCAGUGCGUGAUGGGUCCACUUCAAAUGCAGACAACAGCUGGAAGCUGUACCAGCAAUGGUGCCGCAUGCCUGAAGCACAAAGGACUGCCUGGAUAACUGCUGGGGCUAAUGUGCAAGCUCUCUCUAAGUUUGCACAUGCUAAAGUUAUGGAGCUUAAGGCUGAAGAUCAACUGGUUCCAGUGCAGACACCAGCAGAAACUCAAGUCAGAAGAAGAGGCAGACCACGAAAAUUGAAUAAAAUAGAAGAUAUUGAGACACAACCAUCAGGUGAAGAAAGUGAUGAAGUUAAAGCUAGCCCAGCCAUGAAGAUCCUUGUAAAUAAGUUGCCAUUAUCUACUACUGUCACUAAAAAGGAUUUAUCAACGGACUCUGUGCGAAAUGCCCAAGAACGCGUGCCGCCUGAAGACAGGAUAGCGCGUCGUUCCGAGCGCGAGGGCGGGACAGGCGCGGAGGCGGGCGAGUAUGUUGUCGAGAAGAUACUCGCCAAGCGUUUCAACCCAAGACGCAAGCACUACGAAUACUUACUCAAGUGGGAGGGCUAUCCACAUGAGCAAAACACAUGGGAGCCGGUGGAGAAUAUGGAGACGUGCAAGCAUUUGUUGGAGGCGUUUGAGAAGCAGUUGGCGCGGCAGAAGGAACUCAAAGCGUUGCGCGCGCAACAGCAACAGCAACAGCAACAUCCGGUACAGGUGAAGCAAAUUAGUACGCCGCAACCACAGGUGGUCAAACAAAUAGUGAAGAAGUCUGAGAGCAAACCAGCACUGACUCCUACAGGGCGGCUUCAACGCACUAGUAAGGCGCGCGCAUUAGACCAGGUGAAGGCGUGGUGUGGUGGCGAGGACGAACCCGCCAGCAAAAGGAUAAAACGUGAAGUCUCCAGUGAUGAAGAUUACUCUGACGCGGAUUCUACUAAUGCGGAUAGCAAACCUGUGAACUCCGUUUCCGAAGUAACAGAGAAGAGAAUAAUGAACGGGCAACAAUCACCAAAGUCAAACAUUGACCCAGAGCUGGUGAAAUCGCUGGGCUUAGGAGGUAAAGGAAUGCCGAACAUUAAAGGUGUAAUCAAAGUGGACCCCAAGCAUAUGCCAAAUCUGAGUACUGGUGUGUACAUAAUGUCAAAGAGUUCUGGUAUAAUGAAAAUUGACUCGCCCGGCAAAUUGGGGCCGGGUCUAAAUAUAGACCAAGAUAUCAUAAGAAAGCAAAUUCUAGCAGCUAAACAAAAAAAAAUUGAAGAAGCUAAGAAGCAGUCGUCUGUCACAACACAAUCUCCGAUAAGAAAAUCGUAUGGUUCGAGUGGACAGCACGUGACUGAGAAGACAAUAAUCACCCCAUCGGGUCAGAAGAUCAUACAACGCACGAUACAGCGGACCUUCGGCAGCAGUCAGCAGAGUGAAGGAAAAUCGCCUGUCACUAUACUCAACAAGAAACUGGCACAAGGUGACAGUUUAUUGCGUGGGUCUUCCCCGCGAGGUGGGGGCGGCAUGCGAGGGCGGGGUCGAGGCUACUCUGUGGCGACGUCCGCCGGAAAUAUCGUACGCAUCCGUGAAAAAUCUGUUCCUAUAGAGUUCGAUAAGUGGGAAGCAUCAUCUGAUUCAUCGGACGGUGUAGAAGACCCAUUCCCGCGCGACCUCGGUCCUUUGCCUUCCCCGAGCCCCGACCGAGAGCUCACUCUGUGCCCGCUGACGGGGCAAAGAUUGGCGCGCGCGGAGGGUGAACCCACCCCGCCGCCCACGCCACCACCGCAGCCGCCCGCCACGCCGCCUCCAGAAACGCAUCACGGCACAAUGCUAAUGAAGGUUGAAAUGUCGCCGGGUGGUACUACAGGCAUGUUAAUACAGGGAGAUGGUGCCCAGCCUUCAUUACCAGUGUUGACUGAUGAGGAUGGAACGGAGGUGAAGGUGGAGGCAAGUGUAAAACAGCUAUUGGAGAGUGGUGUUGACGUAGACGACGGUGAAGAAGUGGGACUACAGUUACAUUCUGCGCAUCCGCCCAUUAUGAUACGCGGAGAAGAUGGCGUCUUGUACCAGGUUGCUGGUGAAAAUGAGGAUGGCCAAACGUUACUUGUGGCAGCGGAAGGAGUAGAGGGGGCUGUAGAAGGGGCCGAUGGGGAGAGCGACGGCGUUAUGUACGUCACGCGCGAAGAUGGACAAACGCUAUUGGUGGCAACUCAAGGUGUUGAUGGAUCCGUUCAGGGAGUGGAAGGUGGCGUUGAUGGGGAUGGUGAAGGCGUCACUUAUGUAACUAGAGAAGAUGGACAGGACGUGCUCUCGAUCGACCCGGCCCAGCUGGCGCAGUUGAUGCCGGGUGGCGAGCCGGGUGCGUUGCAGCAGGUCGCCGUGCAGGUGGAAGGCGAGCCCGGCGAGGACGCCACGCAGGUCAUCGCGCAACUCGUGCAGGCUGACCUGCCUUCACCCGGUGGUACACGGCGGGUGGUGCUGUUAUUGCCGGACGGCAGUUUUACGAUGACUGAACUAGACAAGGAACAAUAUGAAUCAAUAACUGAAGCGAGUAAAGCUCAGGAGUGAACAGUGUUGUAUUAUUAACUGCUUGGUCAUGGUGAUAUAUAAAAUGGACAUGUGGUCCAAUAGUUAAAUAAGACUCUUGUUAUUUGUGCGUCAGGAGGUGAAGAUUGGACAGCCUGGAUUGGAUAUUCCCAUAUCAUUAGUGUGUCUUUAUGGCAGUGGUAUUGUUAAAGUGACUAAAAAAAAGAUUUAUUCUAAAGUAAAUGUGACUUGUCGAAAAUAUCAUCUCAAGUACAGUGGUAUGGACAAUCUAACUGGGUUGAUGUGAUGUUUGCUCACCAAGACGAAAGCGCGUGUAAGGACAAAUAUCACUUCACACCUAAUAACUGUUUUCGUGCAGACAAUCGUGACUGACAAUUCAGUCUGAUCAACUUAGAUAAAAAGUAUUGACAAUUACUGAAAUGUGUGGUCCGGUUCACAGUUGAUACUGAGGGGCCAUCCGUAUAUUAUGUCACAUGAAUUUCACUAUUACAAAGUUUCCUAGCCGCUUUAACAGGUUGUCACAAGUGUGUAAUCCACCAAUCCGCACUGUUCCAGCGUGGUGGACUACGGUCUUAACCCCUUCUCAUUGUGGGAUGGAACUGACAGGAUUAUCGAAUUUACGUCAUCGACGGUAGGAGAGCCGUAGCUUAAUUGGAGAAAGCGCUCAGGCCGCGAUUACCAGAGAGUCGCAGGUUCAAAUCCUGUCGGUUCCGAAAAUUUUUAUAUGCAUUUUAAAUUUAUACAAUUGAUAAUUCCUCCAAGUGUAGGUAAAAACACUAAUAAAAAUUAUGUUCAAAUAAUGGCCUCGUGCAAUACCCACGGACAGAGGAGGGGGUGGUGACAACUGUAUUCUAUUCCGACAUCAAACGGCGGUAACAUAUAGAGCUAUUAACUAUUAAGUUAAACAGGACUUCCAUUAUUCUUUGUACACAUUUACUUAAAAUCUCUUUGAAACAAAAUCUACAUUGACAAUUGGAAAAGUAUAAAGUAGCUUUACCAAAAUAUAAAUUAAGUUCAGAGUUUGAAAACUUAGAAUUUAUAUCAUCAUCACACGGCAUGGGUCCCCUCUCAGGUUUUUUUUUUUAUAUAUUAACGAUAGGCCAGCGCUUGACGACAAUCGUGCUGUUAGAAAGCAAUGAUGAAGUCUAGGUUGGAGCACGCUUGCCUAGAAAAAGCCUAUUCACUCUAGCCUUGAAGGUACUCAAAUUAUACGUGGCAGGAAACAGAAUGAGAAAAGUUUAGGUCACGCUGUCCAAGUAAUUGCUAGACUUCACACCACACCUUUGUGAAUGUUAUGAAAGCUCUCAGAUAUGCAGGUUUCCUCACGAUGUAUUCCUUCACCAAGUAAAGCAAGUGAUAUUGGCUAUAUUAAAUACGCACAGAACUGCGAAAAGUUAAGAGGUGCGGUGAGUGCCCGGUAUCAAACUCGGUCCCCCGGAAAAGGAAGCCGAAGCCUUUCCCACUAGACUAUUACCGCAUUUUAGAUUAAAACUAACGGAAUUUACUCGUCUUAACCCCUGACACACAAUGUGACAUAAUAUAUGAAGGAACUUGGACCUUUUACAUGGUUUUCUAUUAGAUUAGAACACUAUUAUUCCACAUGAUCGUUCGAUAGUUAAACAUAUUAUGUAAAUAUAGAAUAAGCUUUUGACAUUAAUUCAGCUCAGCAAACAAUAUAUUUCUAUAAAUAAGGAAUCGGAAGUUUCGUCGUUUAGCUAACAGUACCGCGCAAAUCAAAUUAGCAUUUUUUUAUUCCACUACAAGUUAGCCCUUGACUGCAAUCUCACCUGGUGUCAAGUGAUGAUGCAGUCUAAGAUGGUAGCGGGCUGGCCUGUUAGGGAGUAUGGUAGUCGUACUC